UAGCACGUCCCUGACAAUCGCUGCUUCAACAUUUCAUCUCAAAUAAGCUCAGGGAGAUGAUAGGAACUGACACAACCAGCCACCCUCCCCUCUCACCCGACCAAGGCGAGCCCCUGACAGCAUCACCGACAUGCCCCGCAAGGCAGAACGCUCUUAGUCGGUGAGGCCAGUCUAUGUUCAGCGACAAUUGACAACAUUUUGCAAGAUAUUCGACGGCAGCGUAUUUUUAGCCAUAAGGUUGCAAGGCUGGUGUGUGUCUGUCUGAACAUAAUCAGCCAUGGCAUCAGCAAAUGUUACACUGGAAAAUCAGCUGCACAGUGCGCAGAAAAACCUGCUCUUCCUCCAGCAGGACCAUGCCAACACGUUGAAGGGGCUACACGCAGAGAUCCGCAGAUUACAACAGCAAUGCACAGAUCUGACCUAUGAGCUUACUGUGAGAAACUCUGAUCCCUCAGACAGCAGUGAGGCCCGCUGCAGGGAGCUGCAAAGGAGGUGUGAGGAGCUGGAGGCCCACCUCAAGAAGAAGGAGGAGGAGAACACAGAGCUGCUCAGGGACCUUGAGCAGAAGAACGCCAUGAUCUCUGUCCUGGAGAACACCAUUAAGGAGAGAGAGAAGAAGUACCUGGAGGAACUCAAGAUGAAGAGCCACAAGCUGGCUGUUUUGUCCGGCGAGCUGGAGCAGAGAGCGAGCACUAUUGCUUACCUCACCUCACAGCUUCACGCCACCAAGAAGAAGCUGUUAGCCGGCAGUUCAUCCGAGGCCAGCCCCAACGUCAGUCCGGUCACCUCGUACAAGCCCACGCCUCCGCCGGCCAAGGACAGGCAGCCUGAAACCCCACGGCGUCGCAUGAAGAAGAGUCUCUCCCAGCCUCUUCACCCAGAGUUAACAGAGGUGUAUCGGCUCGGCCCGGACGGUAGACGGCUGGUUCUGCGGGAGACAGUAGAUGCCAUGCCUGACCCCACACCCUUCCUUCAGGCUGGGAGAGACUCUCCCGAACCGCAGGUAGUGCGAGAACGGCCUGCCGUUAUCCCUCCUAUUGCCUCAGAGCGCUCCCCUGUGGCUCCCCUGGGUGCUACGGCCAGCCCUCGUCACAGCCCCGCUCGGGACCGUCAGUACAGGGCUCACGUGGGCGUGGCGCAUCGCAUCCCACAUGGCACCCCUCCCCUGGCUCCACCGCUAGCAGAGCUGGAGACACUGGCAGUGGACCAGGUCAAAGACGAAAAGGUUGUGCGGAAGCGCUCAGGAGCCGACAGGACAGUUUAACACUGCAACGCUAACAUGCACAUAAACGCACACACACAUCUACUGUAUACACAUACUGCAAGAGCAGGAAGGAGCCUGACCCACUGUGUAGCUUGCUUUUUACGCAACACUGCAAUAUGAAAAAAAAGUACAUAAUUAUUUUGUUCACGGUAUCCCAUAAAGACUUGCGUCUUUCUUGAUCUACAUUAGAAAAGGACUACUAUAAAGCAUGCCAAAUGUUUCUUAUUUACAACCCAAUGAGAUCUUGUAUUAUACACAUCUUACUUAUUCCACAACGCUGUGGAGAUAGGUCUGGCAAUGCGAGACUAUACACACCUUGACUUUUUUGCUUACACUUUCUCUUCAUUCUGUCUUAUGUGGUGCAUACAACGAAUCCUCAGCCAAAUAUCUGCAUCAGUGCCUGCUCGACCGGAUCAACCAUACACAAGCUGUGUAGUGUAGUCAUGGCUCAUAUAUCUCUGUCUGCUCCAUGUUCUCAACAGUCUGGACAUAUCAACAAACUAUAUAACAAGAUGUCUGCAGCUGCAUAGGGUAGAAGUGAAAUUAUUAAACUAAUAUUUCCCGAAUGUCUUUUCAUCUUCUUGUGAUAUCAGUAUAAUAACGUUACUGUUAAGUACAAGCUGCAUAAUGUGCAAUUGAGAUGUGCUGGCGAAAGGUGAAAGAGCUGUAAUUUCACCUUUCUUUUGUUGGCUUGCAAAAACAGAAGCGGCGCACAUGUGUAAAUGCAGCGUGAAAGCAUGGUGAACCAGACGUACAUUUGUGUGUGUGUGUGCGUGUGCGUGUGCGUGUGCGUGUGUGUGUGCGUGUGUGUGUGUGAGAGAGAGGGAGAGAGAAAAUGUGUGUGUUUCAGAGAGAGACAAUGAAGGCCAUUGAGAGAAUUAAGUUCUGGCUUAAACAAUAUCCGUUGAAGUUAUUUGUGAUACAAGGGCAUUUUUGAAAACACUGCUGUAAUAGGAUUUUGUGACAAUAUUACCUGUACUUUAUAAAGGCUGUGCAUUUGUAAUGAAUUCUUUUUUUUAAUUUAUUGUUUAAUAGGGAACACAAAAUAACCUCAAAUAUUGACAGUAAUCACUGCACCACCAACAUGACGGUAAUUAUAAUCAAUUAAUAACCUGCUUUUCAAAUUAAUAUCACGUGUCCUUGAAGUUAACGUAUGAUUCAAUACAAUAAAGCAAUGCAUUUUUGGUUUGG